UGUCGUAACUGACAAGCCCUGCUAGCUGUUUUCCCAAAAACCAAGGUGGCUAGCUUGCGUUAGAAGGUUUGCCAGCGUGCUUUGUUAGCCUGACUGGCAGGGACUACCAAUCAUGAGGGCGAGUGGUGCUGUGGGAGCGUCCCUGCUGCCACGCCGUGCUCCUGGGUGCUGUGCUUGGAGGCCUUCAGCGUGUUGCCCCAGAAACCUCCAGGCGAUGGGUCAGCAGGACUUGUGGAAUGCCAGCCCUUGGUUUCCGGCUAUUGUGCUUGGCAAGCACCCUAGAGGCAGACAAAGCCCCUGACCUUCGCCGACUGUAUUGGAGAUGAGUUGCCUGUGGGUUGGGAGGAGGCCUAUGACCCCCAUGUUGGAGCCUAUUAUGUUGACCAUAAUACAAAGAGCACUCAGCUGGAGGACCCGCGGGCCCAGUGGCAGCGGGAGCAGGAGCUCAUGCUGCGUGAAUACCUCAGUGUGGCUAAGGAUGCACUGAGUGCUCAGAAGGAGAUCUACCAGGUUAAGGAGAAGCGCCUCCGUCUGGCUCAACUUGAGUACCGGCAGCUCAAUGAUGCCUGGAGGGACAAGUCUACCUCCCAGACCAGCUUAAAUUCCAGAUCCUCAUCAAGCAGUAAAUAUGACCCUGACAUUCUCAAGGCAGAGAUUGUGACUGCAAAAAGUCGGGUGAAUAAGCUGAAGAGAGAUCUGGCCUGUAUGAGACAGGAACUGCUUUAUAAGGAGCAGGGGUUUGAAACGCUGAAAGAAAUCGAUCACAAGGUGUCCAGCACCUCGUACGGUUACAGGCAGCACGAGGCCCAGGCCAUCCUGAAGGAGGUCAGGAGCAUUAGAGAUGCCAUCAGCUCCGGGGAGAAAGAGAAGCAUGAACUCAUGCAGAAACUGGCCGUGUUGAAGGAUGGCUUCCAGCUGGACUACGGUUCUCAGUCAGACCUGUGGGCCAGCAGCCCCUCGCUGGCCAACUCUAAUCUGUCGCUGCCCCGCCUCUACUCGGAUGCCGAGUCCCAGACCGACAUACCUGCCGAGUUUGUUUCGAGCUCUAACAAGCUUGCUGAGAAGGUACGACUGAGCUUGAAAUACGAAGAGGCAAAAAGGAGGAUUGCCAACAUCAAGGUCCAGAUAGCAAAGCUGGACAGCGAGGCGUGGCCGGGCCUGCUGGACCCCGAACGGGACCGCCUCAUUCUCAUCAGCGAGAAGGAGGAGCUACUGAAGGAGCUGCAGUACGUGCAGCCAUGCAAGCGCGCGCCCAGCGAUGCAGAGAAGCUGGAGAUGGAGAGGAAGCGGCUGGAACAGGACCUGCGGGCGGCACGUGACAGCCAGAGCAAAGCCCUGACGGAGAGGUUGAAGUUGCAUUGCAAAAGGAACAAACUGGUGAAGGAGCUUGAGGAGCUGGUGAGACAUGCAUCCUCGUUGCACACCCAGCUCAAAAGCCUGUCAGCUAGCACGCUGUCGUGCUCGUCGGGCAGCAGCUGGGGAUCGCUCACCUCCAGCCGCGGCUCGUUGGCUACCUCCAGCCUGGGCUCCUCAUCCUCGCUCAACUUCACUGAUGCCUACCUGGAGCAGCCCGAGCUGAGCGACCCGGACUUCCAGGCCAAGCUGGACUCGCUGCUGCAGGAGGCCGGUCCCUCGCCCUACCGGCCUCCCAGCUCCAUCCCCACCAUUCACGAGCAUGAGGUGUCUGCGGGGCCCGCUGGCCCAGGGCCCGGCCAGCGCACCCAGGCCCUGCGCCUGUCCGAGACGCCGCGCUCCAUGAGCUCGCUAUCGCCACGCUCCUCACUCUCUUCGCUCUCGCCUCCCUGCUCACCCCUCGUUCCCGACUCCUCCUUCCUGGCCGGGGAGGCCUACCCGAACCCGGCCUCACUGCUUGACGUGGAGCUGCAGGUGCGGCUUGCCGAGCUCCGGCUGGAAGGCGACGCGCAGCUGGGCCAGCUUGCCUACCGCGACGUUAAACAGGACGCCAGCACAGCUCUGGGGGAGCCUGGUAAAGAUGCUGUUGUGCAAACGAGGGUUCCAGGGUCCGGGCCAAAAAAGGUGGGCGUCACGUCGGCUGUGUCCGAUGAAUCGGUGGCCGGAGACAGCGGCGUGUACGAGGCCUCAGAGAAAAGGCCUGGCGCACCUGGCGAACAACCUCUGCCUUAUGACGAAGGAGGCGGAGUCAGCUGCGCCCAGCUCCGUCUGGGCCUCAAGUACGACACUAAGGAGAAGCGCUUUGCCGUAUUCGUCAUGCAGCUCACCAACUGCGGGUCUCUCGCCGUCCCUGCCAACCAGAGCCUGUACGUGCGUGUGGUGGUGCUGCCCUGCCCCGAGGCCACCCGCUGCCUGUAUCGUACCCGUCGCUCUCCGCCCCACGAUGCUGUGGAGCUGAACGAGGUGUUCAGUGUGCAGUUGUCCCCUGCCGCCCUCAGGCAGAAGACCCUCCGUGUCGACGUCUGUAUCACUGGCACGUCUAGGAGAGAGGAGUGCUUGGCUGGUGCUCAGAUAAGUCUGGCUGAUGUGGACUGGUCAGAAGAGUGGUGCACCAAGUGGUACAACCUCCUCAGCUACAUGUACAUAACAGACAUGGAUGGCAAGCACAAGGAGCCAGAGGGUUCCAUGCCUUCAGAGGAGAAUGCAAUACCCAGCACCACAGAAAACUCAGUGGCUGGCCUAGAGAACACCCCUGAGGACUGGCACACGGAGGGGGACGUCUUUGUGGAUGGACUGAGCAGUGACGUGGAGGGGGAGGAGUUUUACCCUGAAGGCUGCCAAUGGGAGGUGGCUGAUGAAGAGGUGAAGGAGCCCGUGCCCAAGCCAAGUCCAGCAGCCGCUAUCCCAGAAAAGGUGAACAAGGAGACGAGCAUGGAAGGCCUCUCCCACUCCACUUCUGUGGUCCGGCCCAAGGAGCGGCGGCCUGAGGUCAACCAGCACAACCCUUUUAUGAGGGGGAACACUAUAAUCCGCUCCAAGACCUUUUCCCCAGGACCUCAGAGCCAGUACAUCUGCCGAAUCAACCGCAGUGACAGUGACAGCUCCACUUUGUCCAAGAAGUCUCCCUUCGUCCGCAACGCCUCGGAGAGGCGCAGCGUCCGUAUCAAAAAGCCCCCAGCACAGGUGCGCGGGCUGGAUGGCAUGCUACGCACCCCCCUGGACCUAGAGCUAGAGCUACAUGCGUCGCGCACUCGUCACAGCCGCUUGAGUGAGGAGUUGCGCGUGCUGCGGCAGCUGGAGGAGCAACUGGAGAGCGCACGGCAGCGUGGUCAGCGCAGCCUCCCCACCUGGGUGCAGGAGGACGAACGCUUCCACCUGCUGCUCACACAGGCUGAGAGACAGACCGAGGAAGAGCAGCUCCGGGAACAGAGGGUGGAGAAGAUGAUGCGAGCGGCAGCUAAGGAAGUGCACAAGAUCCGCGGACAGAGCCGCAAAGAGGGGCCCGAAGUCCAGUGCUUCAGAGAGAAGAUGGCCUUUUUCACUCGAGCAAAGAUAAAUGUCCCGGACCUGCCGGCUGACGAUGUGUAGAGGAUUUCAAGUAUUUCCCAGUCUUAACUGCUGUUUCAAAAAGAAGCUGACCUCUGGUGGUAUUAUGAAGAAUUAUACAGAAAAAGGUGUAUGUUCAGUAGGAAAAUGUCAUUAUAAAACACUGGGUUUUAGCUCUCAAAUGAAAAUCUGUAGGUUUUUUUUUUCCAUUUGCCUUUAUUUUGUUUUUUAGAUAGUACCAACACCAGCAUUUAUUUUUUAUUUCAAUUUUUUGCUGUCUGUACCUGUUUUUUUCUGUUACUAAUAACUGUAUAUUGCUGUCUGUACUAGGAAAUGUUUGUGGUAGUUGAUCAUUCCAAAACACCAGUAUGUUCUUUUCACCCAGAAAAUCAGGGUGGGGUAUUGGGCAGUUGCUCUCUUGAUUACGAUCACAUACUGUAACUCGAUGAUGUGAAUAUGGAUCCUCUAUGGUACUUUUUAUGAUUCAUGGCACAAGGGUUUGGCCAUCACUAUUUGGAUGAAUGUUGGGAUGGGCGAAUCAGGCAAAAACCGGCUAUGCUAGUGACGCCUUGCUGCAAGCAAGCACAUGCUAGUUGCACAUGGUAUCCUCCAGAUGAAAAGUGGCUCCAUCUUUUAAACAGGAUUUUAAAUGAUAUUCACAAAAAUACCUAACAAGCGUGGAAAGGAAAAUAUGACUAACAGUAGCCCACAGGUGGUUUCUCUGGUAGGUAGUUAAGAAAUAGCUGGUCAGAACUCGUUGCAGCAUCAGUGCCAGUUGCCUCCCAGUGUUCAUGUUGUUGAAUGCGCAAAUGUACAGAAUUAUCCACAAGACAUGGCAUGCAAACCAGUGACCACAGUCUCUGCAAUUAUGUAGAAACUGCACUUAGUUCCUCAGCUUCUCAGGUAGAACCUUGGCUAGUUCAUGCACUUUAAUAGUAAUCAGAGUGGGGAAUGCAAUCACAACACAUCGUAAUGGUCGAAUGUAAUGGUGUGAAGGCCUGAUGCAUCUCUGCUUGACCAUGGAAUGAACUCAAUUUGGGGGCCUCUUGUGCCCCAUCAGAAGUGUUUGUGCACAGUUGAUUUUAGUUCAUUGUUGUGGAUCCCCUUCACCCAGAAUCCUUGAAGUGAUUUUCUUAACAGGCUGUUGAUGAGAAAAUAGGUUUUGGUUUUAUUGUUUAAGUCCGUUUUGAAGCAUUCAGAACUUUAUGCUGUCGCCAGUUUGUGGGUAAUCGCAUCCUAAUCACUUGCGUAAUGCCCCUUCCUACCUGCAUUCAGUUACGUUACAAAGCCUUUCUGAGUGAUGGGCAGUUAGAAAGCGCAGUUCUAUUCUUACUGCCCAGUACAUGCUGGAACAGAUCUGGUGUCUCCUGUGCAGGAGGCUGGUGAUGUCACAGCUAAUUAAAUAUGGAACUGGAUCAUUUGGUGUGGCAAAACGCCAGCGCUUAACCAGAGCACCUGACACCGCAGUGCUGCUCUCAGCUCUCUGGCGCCCCCAGGCUUUCUAUGCCAAGCAUGCGGUAAUGCAGAGCAGGCAUGGAGGUCUGCUCGUGGCCUGCCUCCGAAGCACCUGGGGCUGGGACCGACACUUUAGGAGCCUUUCUGUUAUGUGAUUGAUGGUCAUGUUUUAUUCUUGGCCUGCAUGGGUCUUUGCUGCAAACUUGUGUUCAUGUGGCUGAUGACCAUCAGAGGAGUGGUCAAACUUAUGAUUUACUAGGAAUGUUAAACACCCGCUGACGUUCAGAUUUUAAAAUGUCAGUUUUAAAUCUCAAGGGCCAAGGGAGAUGCUUGUUGGAAGAAAGCACUUUUUCUAAGGCCCAAAAUCAAGAUUAUUUUUAGGUUAUUGAGCCUACCCAUUGACACUUCCAUAUCCCUCACAUAUCCUUUAUUUGGACACUUGAAUUCUGUUUUCACUGCUUCCCACAGUAGUUUUUGAUGUUUGUUUAUCAUGUGUGAAAAUCCCCCUAAUUUAAGUAAAUGAAGAAUGAAGUAUGUCAUACAAAGCACUACUACAAGUUGUAUACAUGCACUACAUAUAUUUUAACUCCCCCUGCUGGUGAAAUAAAUUACACUAUACUUUUUAUAGUAUCCCAUUGUAUUUUUGACAUGGGUUUUACUUCUCUCUUUGAAUUGAGUGAUACCUUGUACGUAAAAAAAAAAAAGAAAAGUCAACACAUCUCAUUUGUUAUAAGAUUCUAGCCCUGUAUUGAGGAAAAUUGCACAAACCCCUGCACAUAGAGGCUCACCCAAGCGAGAACUGCUAUAAAGCAGUAUGAAUCCGCACCAACCAGCUUGUGCUGAGGCACGUGUUUUAAAAUUCAGCAAGACUGAAAAACACUCAGUUUUUGUGCUCAGUGGUGUGAGACUGUGUUUAGAACUCAUGUCAAGCCCUCCGUGGUGGAUUUUGAUAUCUGGACAUGUGCCUUGAUCCCAAUUUACUCAGAACUCCGUUAUUACUGAGUUUUGCCAUGCACCUUUUAAAUAAGUGACAAACCAGCGAAGAUGGUCUAGUCAGCACCUUUCUGUUCCGAGUAAGAGGAAACCCUGCAUUUGGUGCACAUUGCAUUAAAACCCAAUGGAAAUGUAAUCAAAGCCUUACAUUUUACCAAAUAUUUCAUGAAUUAGCAUUGCUUUGGUUCUUAACAUGAACAUAGGACCUCUGUGCGUCAUCAUCUAGCUCAGACUAUUUCCGUAUCUCCUGAAUACUUUGAACAUCAUUAAUCCUUUGCUUGCAUUCUGAUCUAUUUUGUACUUAACUCUCUGCUCCUGGAACUUCCACUGCAUGGUGUAGAUUAGAGCAAGCGGUUGUGCACUGCCAAACACUGAUUGCAAUAGGCUUUUGUAGGCUACACCAGAUCCCUGAUCAGUUCAUGAAGCUACCAUUUGCACACCUGACAGGGACUGUUAAUUAUGGUACAACUUGUAAAAAUGAAUGAAAUGAAAUGAAACAAAGAAAAAAUGUGUUAACUGGAGCCUUUUGGAAAACCCUUACUUUUGUCCUUUGUUGUCUUUUAACUUUUUCAGACUUCAAACAGGAGUGUGAGAAUUGAUGUUUCCCUUUGAACAAUGUGCACUGUUUGCAGCUGUGAAUUGUGACGUGGAAACACUGACCUAGUUCAUUUUAACUGGAAGAGGAGUACAUAAUUAAGGAGUCUUAUGUUAGUGUUGGACUGUGAGUUCCACUGUGCAAAGGAUGUAAUUGAGACAAUGUUUCUGAUUAACUAGGUGCUCUCUUACUGUUGAAUUCAAGGCUCUAACACAAUGCGCUUAUCUAACAUUCUGUAUUUUUUUUUUUCCCUGUUGACUGUGCAGUCAUUGUAAUCAUGUGUAAAAAUAUGUAGGACUUGCUUCAAGUAACCAUAAAAGAGACAGAAAAAUCAACAGUUACUGAUGCUGGUAGUCAUGAAUGAUUUGUUUAUGUAGAUUUACAGUAGGUUUCUUGUUUUCAAAGCAGUGUAUUUUGAUAAUUUUUAAAUCUGUUUCAGUGAUGGAAAAAGUACUAGGUCUUUCCACAGAGGCAAUUCAAGAAAUACAGCAUGUAUUUAUUGCACUUUUGUGAUUUGGGUGUGCUGUUUUUCUUUUCUUGUGAGACUUAUGAAAGCUGUGAAUUUUAUCAUUGACACUGUACUGUCAACAAAAUUGUAAAUAUGUCACCAGCACAAGAAUGUUUUGUAGUUUCACAAACAAAUAAAAAAGUUCUUUUCUUCUAA